CUUGAACCGUACCGUAUUUGUCUAUCAUCAUUUACGAUGAACAGUCAUCCCAAAAAUUUCAAGCCUGGAUUGCUUAUUAUCGACAUGCAGAAUGAUUUCUGCCCUCCAGAUGGCUCUCUCGCUGUUGCAGAAGGGCGCUCCAUCGUACCGUUAAUUAACAAUCUCCUCACCUUACCGGCCUUUGUGUCGCGGGUCGCGACAAAAGAUUUUCACCCAUCCAAUCACAUUUCUUUUGCCUCCAAUCAUGCCGCACCCAAUAACGUACCCUUCACUUCAUUUGUCACAAUCACAAAUCCUCACAACCCAAGCGAAUCAUACGAGACUCGAUUGUGGCCGGAUCAUUGUGUGCAGGGUACUCAGGGUGCUGAGCUCGUUGACGGCUUGGACCCAUCCAAAAAAAUAAACACAGUGAUUCACAAAGGCACAGAUAAGCGUGUGGAGAUGUACUCCGCCUUUUAUGACCCGUUUACGUCUCCAAGAAUCAGCGACAGUGGUAUAUCUACUCUGCUGAAGGACUCCGGAGUGAACUGGGUAUAUGUCGUAGGCCUGGCACUUGAUUAUUGCGUCCGUGCUAGUGCUUUGGAUGCUCGAAAGGAGGGUUUCGACGUCGUUCUCAUCAGAGAGGGCACAAAGGCCGUCGACGGAUCUGAGGAGAACGUGCUCAAAGUGGAAGAAGAACUUCGUCAAGCAGGUAUCAGGGUUGUCGAUAUGGCAUCCCCUGAAGUCCAGUGGUUAUCUGCCAAUGUUUGAUUGGUAUAUGCUUUCAGUCGAUAAGAUGCUUGCAGAAUUACAGGAUUUUUCAAUACAACAAAAGAUAUGACCGUACCCGCUACAUCCUUCUAGUUGCAAGGGCAAUUAUAUCCUCAUUCAUCAACAUCACCAUAGUCCGAAUCAUCAUCAUCAUCAUCAUAACUAUUGCCCGUUGGAUUCGCUGACGAAGCCGUUGAAACGGACGUUUGUUGUACAACGUCAUUCGGGUCAUAGUC